AUGUACUCUGUUCGAGAACGUCUCUUACGCAUCUACGAGGAGGCGGCCGGGGAGCCAUACCAGAGCAGUGUGAAGGAUCUACAGGAGCGGGAUGCGGGGAUUGAGCAGAAAGAGGCAGACAUAAUAGAGAACCUUCGCAUUAUCUCGCAACUGCACAUCAAUGAACUACGUAAAUCCCUGGAAGAGCGUGAUGCAAUGAUCAAGAGGAACCCAUCUAACACAAAGAUACCCUUUCUUUCGCAAGAGAUAAGAGAGAAAAUUCGGGGGCUUAAGGAAAAUGUUGACCAGUUCCGAGAGCUAGAAAGAAAAUGUGAGCGCGAACUAAACAGCAGCUCCGGUGAUGCUCGCGCGCUCGCCCAAAAGAACUGCCAGGAAUGCAAGGAGAUGGCUGCUUUGAUAGAUGACUACUGCAGGGCCUUCACGGAAGAAGAGCGUGAACGCGCAUUCCAACGGACAGACAUUGGUUCGCCCAUGGUUCCUUCUGCCCCAUUGUUUGGGAGCUCUGGGACAAAGAUGAGCAAGAUAGACGAGCUCCUGCCUGUCCAUGCUAACGCAGAGGAGGCUCGGGACAAACUUGCAAGCAUGGAGCAAGAGUUUAACGAAGAUCUUAAGAUACUAAUAGGUGCUGUUAAUCGUGCUAAAGCACAGACAAAUCAGAUUGAAGAGAAGCUUAAUCAAAUUGGAGAGGUAAUUGAGGUUGUUGACGAGAAAAUGGAAACCGCAGUCACCGACGUCAAGGAGCUGCAUAAGUCAACCGCUGACGUCAGAAAGAAGGUUGCCAGCAUCGGAAAAUGCGUAUGGAUAACCAUAAUACUCGUGCUUUUGGGGAUAGUGGGCAUCUGGAUCUAUAGGAUUGCUAUAAACUUCACUGGUUGA